AUGACAAUGGAUGAGAGCACGUUGAUGAAAUCAAAAAGAAGGAAAUACGCCUGUGUAGAAUGUAGACAGCAGAAAUCGAAGUGUGAUUAUACUACCAAGUUCCCGGAACCAUGUUCCAGAUGUAAAAAGAAAGGUAUCAUAUGUGCUGUAAAGCAAGGUUUCAAAAGAACCAAGAAGAGGGCGACUGCAGAAGCCAUAGAAAGGAAGAUCGAGCAGCUGAAAAACCACAUUGCAGAUGGACCCGUAUCCGUUGAUGAUUUGAUUCGGUUAGCAAAGGAAGAUGAAGAUGUCGAUUUGGGUCAAUUCGACAAUACCGCUUUCACAAGAGAACAACUUCAUAUACUGAGAUCAGAGGCAAGAACACCCGUUUCCAGAGCAAUGACGCCGCUGACCAACGCUCUUAACACAACUGUGAACAACGGUCUAUUGUCUAGGUCUCUGUCGGCAGAAGAGUGCAAAUGCUCCCCAAAAAGUUUAGGUGACAUCUAUAUGAGUUCCGAGGAUAUAGCGGAUCUAUUUCAGGAAUUUGCUACAAAUUAUCAUCAGUUUCUACCGGUAGUAGAUCUAUCGAAAGGUGCUGAGAAGAUUUUCAGUUUAUCACCAUGUCUCUUCUGGGUUAUUAUGUUGACUGGAUUGAGACACAGAUCAGGAUCUAUCGAGACAAUGACAAAGCUAUCUACAUUGGUAAAAUCCAUUCUAGCUGAAAUUACAAUAUCACCAAUCAUACAAUACACUCCUACAGAAUCAGACGAACCCCUUUUGAAUGUCGCUUCCGUUUACUCAGUACAGGCCUUUUUGUUGUAUACUUUUUGGCCGCCGCUAACCUCGUCAUUAAGUACAGAUACGUCAUGGAACACGAUAGGUACAGCGAUGUUUCAAGCUAUUAGGGUUGGUUUGAACUGCGCUGACUUCUCUAAGGAUUAUGCAACGGCAAACCCAACUUUAAUAAGCGAGCAACUGCGUACUUGGCUUUGUUGUAAUAUUGUUUCUCAAAUUGUGGCAUCCUCGUUUGGAUUUCCAGCAUACGUCUCAUUUGACCACUCUAUUAUCACAAGCACGGAUGACACAAGGCUAAAGGCAAAGGAACACGGCCUCGUUAUUGAAUUGCGACAAAUGUCACAUAUAGUGCAUUUUGAAAGUCAAGUCCAAGAGACACUUCACUCCAACCCGGGGAAGCCAAACGGCUUGGUAGAUAAAGAGGAACAAAUACCUCUGAUUAUGGUUUUAAAUCAGCAAUUGGAUACGCUAGAAUCCACCCUGUUGGAAACCCAAAAUCUCAGCCAGGCACAGCCUAAGCAACUCGACGAUAUACGGAUGUUUCUUUUGCUUGUGGCUAAAGUACAUUUGCUAACUUAUUACUUUAUGAAUAUUGGGCAGCACACGGAAUUUGAAACAAAACGAGGCCUAGUCAAAGUCUAUAACGCUGCGAUUGCAUUAUUAGAAUACACCAACGACAUGUGUGACCGAGACCCAAACGUCAUCAAGUAUUUUCCAGGGGUAUUUGUUUUAAACAUUUGGCAGAGUGCUUGUAUUGUUAGCAAAUUACUGUUCUCGUCACUAAUCAGCAUUCUUGAUGUUGAGAAAUGUAGGGAGAUCUACGUAAAAUCUGUUGAGUUUACUUCAACUGCAUCAAUAAUCAAGCAUGACACUGCUUACAGAUUCUCUGGGAUUAUGCGGAGCAUAUGGAGCAUGUUCCAAAACUUAUACGACCAAGCUAUUACUGCAAGUAAUGCAAAAGCGCUAGACCCGGAUUUCAACUUGAAGAUAACUGUAAAGUCCAGAAUGUCGGUCAGCGUCUUUUUCGACUGUCUUUAUAUCUUAAAGAAAAAUAGCGGUCGAGCAAAAUUGAAGAGGAAGCUGGAGGAAGAUGUUUCUGCUGAACGGCGUGCUGGAACAAAUGAUGGACGCAGUAGUGAUCCCGAUGAUGCCCGAACCAUAAUAAAGACUACGCCCUUAGACCCGUCACCAAUAAAUGCAGGAAGUUCUGGAACAACAGGAAACAUAAUAAGCUCGUCAGACAGUAAAGGACCUAGCAGUAUACUAUCACUGGAAAGCGUACUGAAUAAAGUGUCACCGUUGGAGCAAAACCCGUACGUACCCCCAUCUGCAGAAUUUUCCCAUCUUGCACGUGAAGGUAAUUCGCCACUGUCAAAACCAGCCUUGGCUCCUCAAAGGGACAUUGAAAACACGGAAGGCAAUAACGAGAUAAUGUCCGACAGUUGGGAGAACUGGCAAUCUGACAUGGUGUGGAAAGAUGUUGAUAUGUUGCUUAACGAAUUCGCAUUCAACCCAACUUUAUAA